AUGUUUACAUUUUAUUUAUUUUUAGCUCCUAUUGUUGCAUGUGUUUUAAUAGGUUUAAAUUAUUUAAUAUCUAAUGAAAAUUCAUAUACUGAGAAAAAUGGACCUUUCGAAUGUGGUUUCACUUCUUAUCAACAAUCUAGAUCUGCUUUUGAUGUUGCUUUCAUCUUAGUUGCUAUCUUAUUUUUACCUUUUGAUUUAGAAAUCUCUUCUAUUUUACCUUAU